AUGGCCUUCCUCUUCAGACUAGAUCUUCAGGAAUGCCUCCAAACUCUGGCUGUUUUGCAAUGGAUCCCAGUCUACAUAUUUUUGGGAGCGAUUCCUGUUUUGCUUAUACCCUACUUUCUGGUGUUCACUAAAUUAUGGAUCUUGUCUGUGCUCACCUUAGCCUGGCUCGCCUAUGAUUGGAAUACCCACAGUCAAGGUGGUAGGCGUUCAGCUUGGGUACGUAAUUGGACCCUCUGGAAGUAUUUUCAAAAUUAUUUCCCAAUAAAGCUGGUGAAGACUCAUGACCUCCCUCCCAAACACAACUAUAUUAUUGCCAAUCACCCCCAUGGGAUUGUUUCUUAUGGUGUGUUCAUCAACUUUGCUACUGAGGCCACUGGCUUUGCUCAAAUUUUUCCAGCCAUCACUCCUUCCAUAGGGACCUUGGAAUGGAUUUUCUGGAUCCCCAUUGUGCGAGACUAUGUGAUGUCAAUGGGUGUGUGCCCAGUGAGUGGCUUGGCCUUGAAGUAUUUGCUGACCCAGAAAGACUCAGGCAAUGCUGUGGUUAUUGUGGUGGGUGGAGCUGCUGAAGCCCUCUUGUGCCGACCGGGAGUCUCUACCAUCUACCUUAAAGAACGUAAAGGUUUUGUGAAGUUGGCACUGAAGACAGGAGCAUACCUUGUCCCUUCUUAUUCCUUUGGAGAGAAUGAGGUUCACAAUCAAGAGACCUUCCCUGAAGGCACAUGGAUAAGGUUCUUCCAAAAAACCUUCCAGGCCACAUUCAAAAAAAUCCUGGGAUUAAAUUUCUGUACCUUCCAUGGUCGGGGCCUCACUCGAGACUCCUGGGGCUUCCUUCCUUUCAAUCGGCCCAUUACCACUGUUGUUGGGGAGCCCCUGCCAAUCCCCAAGAUUAAGAGGCCAAACAAGAAGACAGUGGACAAGUACCAUGCACUCUACAUCAGUGCCCUGCGCAAGCUGUUUGACCAGCACAAAGUUCAAUAUGGCCUUCCUGAGACCCAGGAGCUGACAAUCAUAUAA